AUGCUUGACACGUCCGUCGACCUAACCGAGACCUUGGAACGACUCGCGCACAUCGAGCGGCAGCUGAGCGAACACUCCGCCACUAUCGACAAAAAGGGCACCUGCAAGACCGUUACCUUGUCCUCUAUCAAUUCCCAGGAGUCUCUCCUCUCUCCUGAUACCUCCCGCGAGCUCUGGACGCUCGUGCUCGACGUCGUGUUUACCCCCUUAUGGCUGCGCAUCCGCGCUGCUGACUUGCUUCUUGUAUGCUGUGACACCGGCUGGAAAAGUGAUGAACCUGUGAAAAUUAAUACUGAAGAGACGCGUAAAUUACGCGCAGUCGUGAGCUCGACGUGCCAGGCGAUGGAAGAAUUACGAGCCACAGACGCCACACAGGCGACGCAGCUGUUCACGUGGCUUGGCUUUGUCGAGCGAGUGCUGCUGGUUACAGAGAGUGUCGUGUGGGCUCGUGUGUUGCAGCACAGCAUGUAUGCAGGAAUGCUUACGAAGAUGCUGAGACUUUUGUCGGUCUGUUCGACUCGAGUGUUUGCAGCGACGACCGUGUGUCUGGGCCUCUUCCGUUCCCACGAGAAGAAGUGCGGACGCUCAGUCUUGGUGGAAAAUGUACUGAGAGAUAUGAAGGAUGGCAGGGAGCAUCUGAGUGGAGCACUGCUGCACGUCAUUAACUCGUGCGGGUGUCCGUGUCCGGUUGAAAAGACGGUUCACCUCUGCAACGCACUGCAGUUAUUCGGGGAUAUCCUGGCUGAUGACACAGCAUCUGUGGUGGUGUAUUUGAAUGAUUUCAAAGUGCUCAUCGAUCUUGUAAUUCGGGAGUGUACGGAUCUUCCACAGGAUGAUCGUACGCGUCUGGACUACCUGCUGUUGUUGGAACGCGUGUUAGACUCGCCAUUGUACCUGCAAGCACAAAUGUAUCGCAAACGAGAAUUGUUGAAAGUGUUGGAGUCGCUGCUGGACGCAGGAGCUGAAGAAGACUCGGUCUUGCCAAAAGAUGUUAUGGAUGCUAUAAAGCGGAUCAUUUUCCAGUACAUCGACUUUCUCGACUGA